GUGUGUGUGUGUGUGUGUGUGCGUGUGUGUGUGUGUGUGUGAACACAGUGGUGUGUGUGAGAGCUGAUACCAAGCUCUUGAGAUAUAAAUAGGACUUCCCUGCAACAAGGCUCCCACCAGCCGCACUGAUAGUUCUCUGUGCGUUGUGAAAGCCUCAGUCAAUGUGUGUCUUUGUAGAUUUAUAUUUCUUGGUUUUGCACAGAAAUGAAUGCCAUCGCUCUUAUUUUUUUUAAAUCUUAACGUUGUGGCGGUUAUGUUUGUGUUGGUCUUGGCAGUGUGUGUAUUUCAAAAGACGGUGCUGGUUUUAAGGAAUUAGCAUCUUGGCUCUGCUCCCAAUAGGCCAAAGCCAGGACACCGUUUACCAGCCACCGCAGAAAUACUGCCGUGAACGGCAUCACACGCUCAUCCCCCAACGUGUCCAGAGGUUGAUCCAAGGUUGUGUUAAAAAUCAACUCGGUGAGCCGACACGAGUCAUGAGGUUACUCGCGCUGAUGAGAUCAAUUCACGUGUCUUGUUUCAUGCAUCCUGUUUCCUUCCUGCUCGCUUAAAAAUCAGCUUUAGGCAGUCAGUUAAAUUAUUAUUUUUAACCACUUCUGGUGUCAGGAGCAGCAAAGUGUUGAGGCACGGUAAGAACUGUGGGACACAUUUUUGUUAUAUUGUGUCCUGACCUUGUAUAGGGCUGAUUUUUACCCAAUCUAGGUCUUAACAUUGCCUCUUCAAUCUAUUUGAGAAGCUGGAAGCAGCGAGUGUUUGGAUUUUUUGCUUGGAAAAAGUAGUUGCUGAUCAAUCAUCUGUUGAUUGACCAAUCGAUUAAUCGACGAUUUGGGAGAAGUCGUGUCAGAGGUGCAGAUAAGGAGACGGCACUAGUCUUUCUGAAUGUCAGCUGUCACAAGCCGCUGUCCUGGCAGGCUAUUUAUUUCUAUCACUUGCUCGACUCGCUCUUCUCUCUAACAAUAGCAGAUGACUACUUAAGUGUUGUAGAUGUCACUGUCUCAUUGCUAUAACAGCAGUUUCAGCUGCAGCCUCUGUACUUAUAGUCACAGGUGGGACACACACACCUGUGGCAUUUGUUUGGUUUCACUUUUUUAUUUUUUAUUCUAGCACACAAACCUGCGAUCGAUGUCGACAUUAGUUGCUCAGGACGCUGCAGCAAAAGUGUGUGCGUGUGUGUGUGCGUGCGAAGAAUGUAGUCAUUGAGGAAGAGGAUGGGGAAGAGGUGAGGAAGACAAAGAAACAAGGGAAUUCAAGAACUUUGACUCUAUUGUGCAGGAAUGUUUUCAAUUUGCAACUUAGUUUUGUUUGAAUUGGCCUAUUUUGGUCUGUCAUCCCCUGCUGAACGCUGUCUAGCAAAACAAUAAUACGAUAACAAAGCGCCAUGUUGAGGUUAGAGGUCCUGGGUAAGAACAAAGAAAGGAGACUCACAACUGUAGUAGUCUUUUUGUUUUCCCUCACAACGUGAACGUCAUGGUAUACGUAGAGGAAGCACGACUCUGGAGAUCCUCAUAGCGGAGGACAGAGGGGAUGAAAAGAAAGGGAAAAGCAUGGGAACGGAGACGGCCGAGAGGAAAUGUGUGUGUGCGUGAUCUGUAGUCAGUCAGUCAGUCAGUCAGUGCUGAGUCAUCGCUGGGCUGGCCGGGCAGAUAGAAACCGGCUUCUGGGGGGGGGGCCAGCUGGAGGGGCACGACGGGGCACGCACUGAGCAUGCUCUGAAAAGUACAGGAAGGGAAUUGGUUGUUGUGACAGGACGCAUCCAGGAACUGUAGUGACGCAAUAUUUCACGGUGCCAGGUUUUCACUGACGCACGUGUCCCCCUGGUAUGUUUGAUGAUACCAAUGAAAAUAAAAUGUAGCGGGCUCGUUGCGUGACACGAUCUCACGAUUUCGCGGCUCUCCUUCUCUGAAUGUCGUCAUUUAGGACGCUGAGAGGAAGAGAGAGAUGGCAGCCGAGAGAUAACGAGACAUGUUGCUCCAUGUUUGGCCAGACCACAUCGAGCACCCCCCCCCCUUCUAUUUCUUGUGGUUUUCUGUGAUCUGUUAGACCACAGUCUUUGACUGUGCCACACACACACACUUGUAGGCACGCACACACUCAUACUUCCUGUAUUUAGAAAAGAUCCUUCUGUGCUGCACUGGAGGACGAUGCAGUGAUUCUCAGCCGCUCUGGUUACUGCAAUGAAUGGUAACACUAUCCAUCCAGCCAACACCACCACCACCACAACAGCAGCAGGGGGAGGGGGCCCAGGCGUGGCGGCGCCCCCGAGAGGCUGGAGGGAAUUCUGCGAACUGCACGCCAUCGCCACAGCCCGGCAGCUGGCCGGACACUACCGGAGCUUCGCCAGAGAGCGGCCGCAACAUGACGCGCUCCCACCGGAGACCUUCUCCAAGCAGUUCAUUGACCUCUUCCAGCAGCACUUUUGCUGCGAGGUCGACAAAGAUGGCCCUCUGCUCGGCCAGACCACAUGCUCCAGUUCUUCCGGUAGCGCUCCAGUGGCCCCUCCUCUCCAAUCACAGGCCGUGAUCGGUCGAUUGCGGAUCCCGUCUUCGUCCGGGGUGCAGGACUACCGUGAGGCGGGCCGGCCGAGUGGAGGUGCUGCUCUGUUCGCUGUGGUGUCACCAAAAGUGGAGCCGGCGGCGGUGAGUCAGGAACGGGAGCAGCCGCUGCGGUGCGCCGCGGGUAACUCCUUAUCAGGACACCCGGUGGUGCUCAGAGGGUCAAAUCGUAGCAUAGGCAGCGGGUCGCUGCUGAUUCGCAGCCGGAGCAACGAGGAGAUCUCAGGCACCGACCGGCGUCAGGUGUCCGAACGGUACUCCUCGGACUCCUCGGCCUCUAACCCCGCACACGCUGACGUCACACACUUCUCCGUCAGUCAAAUCCGGCAGACCGUAAGACGGCUUCUCAAGAAACGGCCCAGCACCCCCUCAUCCCAGGACCUGCCUCCUAGCACCACCACCACCACUACCAAUCCCCCAAACAAUGAUGACAGAGUGGGCGGGAUUUCCUCCACAAACGAGGAAGUGUCUUCCUCUUCCUCCCGCUCCUCGUCUUGUCCGAACUCUGAAGCCUUGCCCACGGCCUCUUCACACAUGUCUGUGGCUGGAGUAGCCUCUCACUUCCUGGGUCGCUUAAGUUGGUUACGCAGCGGAAGCAUGAGGCAGAAGAGGUCAGCGGAGAGCGGCUGCUGUAAAGAGGGCCAACUGAGGUACUUGCUGGUGGAAGACGCCAUCUCAGACACUCAGCCCCGCUGGCAACGCUGCCGCCUGCUGGUCAGGAGGAUCAGGGACGCUCAAGUAGCAGGAAGAGGAAGAGGAGGAGCAGAGAGGUACCAGUUGGAGCUCUAUGAUCCCCCAAAGGCCUCCAGUCCCAAGCUGACCACUCACUGCUCAGAUAUCCAAGAAGUCCGUCGCUGCAACCGGCUGGAGAUGCCUGACAACUUAAACACAUUUGUUUUAAAGGUUAAUCGAGGUAGUCUGAUAUUUGAGACGGACAACGACCAGCAGGUCAGCUCCUGGACCACAGAGCUAAAAGAAUGUAUCAGCAACAGGUCAGGCAGUGUGGAUCUGGAGCCUCUCCCGUCCCCAGCUGACAGCGCUGCUCCAGCCAAUCACAGAGGCAGCUCAGAGUUAGGGUGUCAAAGCCCCGUCACGUUCCUGCCCGAGCAGGUUGUCCAGAAAGCCGAUCACUUCCUGUUCUCCUACCCCUGGUUCCACGGGCCCAUCUCCCGCGUCAAGGCCGCCCACCUGGUCCAGAGCGCCGGACCGCAAGGACACGGAGUGUUUCUGGUCCGACAGAGCGAGACGCGGAGAGGAGACUACGUCCUCACGUUUAACUACCAGGGGAAAGCAAAGCACCUGCGCCUCUCGCUGACAGAAUGGGGUCAGUGCCGGGUGCAGCACCUGCGCUUCCCGUCCGUGGUGGACAUGCUCAGUCACUUCCGCCUCUUCCCCAUCCCGCUAGAGUGCGGCGCCGCCGGCGCCGUCACGCUGUCCAGCUUCGUAGUGGCGGGCUCCAGCCCUCCAUCACAGGGUCAGCUCUCUGGCGCUCUUCUCGUCCCGUUCUCCAUCCAUCGGUGGAGUUCUGAGCCCAGCCUGGCUCACUGCAGCCUGGCUCGCAGCUCCGGUCAGCCCCGUUCCUCCUGCCCCACCAGCACCAGCACCACUUCCAGCCCCGGCUCGGUUCCUCAGCCCGUGAACCGGCCGUUCGCUCGCAUCAACCUGGCGCCCGAUCCUCCUCCGUCGGCCUCCGCUCCUCUCCGGCAGAGUGAGUCGGUGGGGAGGAGGCCCCUCUUGCCCCGCCACCCCAUCGCCCACAUCCCUCAGCGGGACUCGGACUACGAGCUGGAGCCCGUGCGAGGUCGCAAGCGGGCGAUAGACAACCAGUACAUGUUGCUCUGACCCGCUGAGACCAACGCCCCCCCGACAGACAGCCGUCGCCUGUGAAGCUGACAUGUUCACGUCUCACACACACACACACACACACACACACUUUGGCACACCCACCCAACUUCACGUGAGUGUCUGUGGGACUCUGGGAGAGUGCUCGAUCCUAACGUGAUUACAGCAGACUCAUGAACCUGAGCGAACAAGUCUUUGUCUGAUGUCCACACACACACACACACACACACACACACACACACACACAC